UCCCGGCGGCAGUUGAUGAAAGACCACCUUGCUUAGCGACUAGCCUCGUGCAAUCCCGCUGAGCCUUCUGGGCCACGCCAACAGGUCCCUCUAGUCGCCGGCGAGAACUACUAGGCGACGAAUUCCAGCUUCGGCGACGGCCGGGCGAGGCCUUCUGGGUAACAGAGUUCACGCAAUGAGGUUGCUGCUGGAUCCGAGGGACGGGAGACUACAACUCCCAUGGUGAAACGAGCGGGACCGCCCCCUGGCACGAUGUGAGAUGUAGUUCGUUCUGCCCCAGCUUUUCGCUAGCUCGGGCUCGCUAGGGACUCUCAGAAUCGCAGAGUUGUCAUCUCGGCUGUAGCUAAACUGGAUGCCUCGUUUUUAUUUACAACGUCACUGAACCAAAACACGGGAGGACUCUUGAGCCUUUCCGGAACCCAGUGGAACGCGGGGGGGAGCGGGGGGGCAGGGAGAGGGUGGAGCCAGACAGUGACCCGGAAGCAGAAGUGGCCCUCGCAGGCAGAGUGCUGGAGAGCGGCAGCGGCGACCGGAGUGCUGGGAGCGUCAAUUUAUCCGUGUGCAGUCCCAAACUGGAAAGAAGAUGCUAAUUAAAGUGAAGACGCUGACCGGAAAGGAAAUUGAGAUUGACAUUGAACCUACAGAUAAGGUGGAGCGAAUCAAGGAGCGUGUGGAGGAGAAAGAGGGAAUCCCCCCACAGCAGCAGAGGCUCAUCUACAGUGGCAAACAGAUGAAUGAUGAGAAGACAGCAGCUGAUUACAAGAUUUUAGGUGGUUCAGUCCUCCACCUCGUGUUGGCUCUGAGAGGAGGAGGUGGUCCGAGGCAGUGAUGGACCCUCUAUUUUACCUCCUUACCCUGUCGCUCAUAAUGAGGCAUCAUAUAUCCUCUCACUCUCUGGGACGCCAGGGCCACUGCCCCCUCCCCUGGAUGCCCAGUAAUGUAUGUCUACUGGUGGGAGACUGUGAGGAUCCCAGGAUGCAGUAUUCCUGGCCCAGUGGGCCCUUGCUGACUAUUGGGUGUUAGUUUGCAGUCCUGUGUGCUUCCCUCUCUUAUGGCUGUGUCCCUGGUUGUCAAUAAAAUAUUUCCUGGCCUCCUGGAA